AUGUAUUCUGACAUCAAGAUUGUGUAUUUCUGCACUAGGAGAGAUCCAAAUUCCAUGACUCAUGGGUUCAUUCCCGCCAGACGUGCUAAUCAUUACAUGUCAUAUUUGAAAGUCGGUUCCAUUAUGAAAGUUGAUCGUUUUGAGGUUGCUAGGUGCUCAAGCAUGUACACAAUAACUGAUCAUUCAUUCCUCAUUCGUUUCAUCCCACCAACCAUUACUGAUGAAAUCAUCACAGGUGCUCAUGAGAUCAAUCUCCAGUCAUGA